AUGGAUUGGACGUUUAGUGCUGCUGCCUUCCUAGACUCACAGGAGGGUUGGGUUGCUGGAGGUUCCCCCUUUGACCAAACAGGAUAUAUCGGUCAUACUAGAGACGGUGGAAAGACAUGGGAGCAAGUGGAAACCCCUAUUGAGACAACACUCACGGAUAUCUACUUUCUUGACAAAAAGAAUGGAUGGGCAGUGGGCCAACAGGGCAUGAUUGUCGGAACAACAAAUGGCGGCAAACGCUGGGAUGUCCAAACGAGUAAGGUUGGGAACUGGCUUAAAGGUGUUCACUUCGUUAGCCCCAAAAUCGGUUAUGCAGUUGGAAUGAGCGAAACAGUUGUUCAGACCAAUAACAGUGGAAAACAGUGGAAUGUGCUUCACGGUGGUGAAAUUGCUUCUGCUGUGGGUGAUGAAGAAACGAUCGUGUUUAAUACUGUCCAAUUUAUUGAUGAAUCCACCGGUUGGGUAGCAGGGGUUAGGAUUAGUCCAGAAACCGGUGGACAAGAUGGCUUAGUUCAGAAAACUACCGAUGGUGGACAAACAUGGAUGGAUCAGCCCACAAAUAUCCCGGAUAUUCUCGAAGAUAUUUUCUUUAUCGAUGCCAACAAUGGUUGGGUGGUCGGAGAAAACGGUAUUAUCUUGCACACCACAAAUGGCGGCGAUAGUUGGGAUAUCCAAACGAGCGGAACGGAGGAAAAGCUAUUGAGCGUCAGCUUUGCUGACAGUGCCGUAGGCUGGAUAGUUGGCGGUGAUUACGGGGUUGGCAUUAUCCUGCAUACAACCAAUGGUGGAGAAACAUGGGAAAACCAGAGCCUCACGGAAGAUGAGGCACCUAUUAUUAGCAAACAACAGCUAUCCGAUGUCUUCACUUUGGAUGGAAGCCACGUCUGGAUAACAGGUCCAGGUGGUUUCAUGAUCUCGUAUUCAAAGUAG